GAUUGAAAACUUCUAUUUAAAACAGAAUCGAAAGCAAUGGGAACAUUGCCUAGAAGAGCCAUCAUUCAGACGCUUCGCCUUUGGGUCGAACUCCAACCCUAAUCAGUGUGUCAGACAGUGGACAGGAAGAAUGUGGCGUCUGGUUUGUUUGUGUUUCGUCGCUGCACUGGCAAGCAGCUGGGCUAGACCGCGUCUUCCCCCUCUCUCAAAUGAUAUGGUGAACUACAUUAACAAAGCCAACACCACCUGGAAGGCCGGCCACAACUUUCACAAUGUGGACUACAGCUAUGUGCAGAAGCUGUGUGGUACUCUGCUGAAAGGACCGAGACUCCCCAUCACGGUGCAGUAUGCUGGGGAUGUGUCACUGCCUGAUAGCUUUGACUCGCGUGAGAACUGGCCUAACUGCCCCACCAUCAAAGAGAUCAGGGACCAGGGCUCAUGCGGUUCCUGCUGGGCUUUCGGUGCUGCUGAGGCCAUGUCUGACCGCGUGUGCAUUCACAGCGAUGCCAAAGUGAGUGUGGAGAUCUCCUCCGAGGACCUGCUGACCUGCUGCGAGUCCUGUGGGAUGGGGUGCAAUGGUGGCUACCCAUCUGCAGCAUGGGACUUCUGGACUACUGAGGGGCUGGUGUCGGGCGGACUCUAUGACUCUCAUAUUGGCUGCCGUCCCUACACCAUUGAGCCCUGUGAGCACCAUGUGAAUGGUUCUCGACCCCCGUGCUCUGGAGAGGGUGGCGACACGCCCAGGUGUACAAAGAAAUGUGAAGCUGGAUACUCUCCUGCCUACAAAUCUGAUAAACACUUCGGGAAGACCUCCUACAGUGUGGGAUCAAGUGAGAAGCAGAUUAUGAGGGAGAUCUCUGAAAAUGGGCCUGUAGAGGGUGCCUUCUCAGUCUAUGAGGACUUCCUGCUGUACAAGGGUGGAGUGUACCAGCAUGUGACUGGGUCUGAGGUCGGAGGUCAUGCCAUUAAGGUCCUGGGCUGGGGAGUAGAUAACGGCACCCCCUACUGGCUGUGUGCUAACUCCUGGAACACUGACUGGGGCGAGAAUGGCUUUUUCAGAAUCCUCAGAGGAUCAGAUCAUUGUGGCAUUGAGUCGGAGAUGGUUGCUGGUAUCCCUGCCUAAUGCCCUGUGAUUGGUGAAGACUGAGGGCGAGACGAGGGCUACUGCACUCAAUGAGCCCUCCCGUCCUGUACAAACAUCCACAUGAAACACUUCCCAGCUGCUGUACUGUAGGUGACAUGUGACAUGACUUGUGGCUUAGUACUGCCUGAUGCAGAGUUGGACACUUUGUUUCUUAGAAAUCAACACAAUGUGGCUUUCCUUUUAAAAGGCUUCAGACAUGGUCCACAUUUUUUUAGUUUUUAAUGGUAUGAUUUUUAUUGAGCGUGACUGAGUGAAUAGUAUUGAAUUGGAACUAAGUUGACAGGGUCUUAUUUUGCACAAUUGAACCACUAGAACUAAGUUGUGUAGUAUUGUGGAUAUCAAACAUGCUUGUUCUGACCUGAAUCAUAGAUCAAACUGGCUGAUGUGUUGAUGCUUUUAUAUGUAAUGUUGUUUUUCCCCCUUUUUUUUAAAAAAAAAACCCCUAAAACUCUUCUAUCGUGAUGGUGUGUUGUAAAAGUUAGUAUUUCUUUUGGAAUUGGAUUCAGGGCUUGGAUUGUACUUUUCAGUUUUUAUUCCUGUGAAUAAAUAAAAUUGUCAUGUCUCUUCCA